UAUCUGAAACAUCAUCCUUUCAACAAGUAGAGGAGCCUGAACUUACAAAUAUCGCUGAUGAUAUUUCUUUCGAAGAUUGGGCAGAUAGAAAUCAAAUGACUGCUACCGAUUUAGAGGCAAUUGUGAAUGCAAGAAUAAAAAGAAAAACUAAAAUUGCAUUAUUUGAAAAUUGUCCUAUCCCUGGCUCUGA